AUGACCGAUGAGUGCAACAUCUCAGCUGGUGGCAACACGCUCUGGCUCACCUUCCUCGCAGCCUGGACUGAGGAAGCACAGGCGAAAGGAUCCAAAGUAGCACGCACUUAUCGCAAAGCUCAUCAAUCUUUAGCGGCGUGUCCUAUCGAGUUUCAGCAUCCAUGUCAAACUACGCAGCUCGCAGGAAUCGGUCCUACGAUCGCAAACAAGCUCGAGCAAGAGCUGCAGAGAUGGUGCCAAGACAACGGUCGGACCAUGCCAGAGCGGCCAUCUCGUCAAGCGCCCUCUUCCAAGCAAGUUUCUGCAGCGGCGCAAACUGUAAGCGCCGCACUAGAUCCGAUAGCAGCCGAACAAGGGCCGAGCACCGUCGCCAAGCGAAACCAAGCAGGCACGUCGGAACGUCCGACCAAGAAAAGAGCCUAUGUUCCACAGCAUCGUUCGGGUGCAUACGGUCUCCUUGUCGGCCUCUACGUCUCCACCAGGGCAAGCAGCGCGUUGAGAGAGGAGAAGAUUUCCAAAACACAACUCAUCAACGCUGCACGUCCCUAUUCGGAUACGGAAUAUGAAGUCGCUGGUUCGUCUUCGUCGUCUCGGUCCUCAGCUGCUAUUCCUCUCUCAAGCCAGUAUGGCACAUCUGGAGGCGCAGGAGGCGCACGGUCUUUCUACACGGGCUGGACAAGCAUGAAAACGCUCAUCGCCAAAGGCUACGUGGUACAGUCGGGCAAUCCUGCUCGAUACGCACUCAGUGACGAAGGCGCGGCUGUGGCAGAGACACUAGCUAGAGAUGCGGGUGUCGAGCUGUCGGUGCUUCCCGUCGCGGCCGACUACACGAGAGAAGAGGAUGACGACUGGUCAGAAGAUGAACAGGAAGAAACGCUCAAGGCACGCAUCUCUACCUAUCGACCAGAGAUACUGAAAGCAGGAAGCUACACCAUCCAUUUGGUGGUUGACAAUCGUGAGCGACAUCGUCCAGGGAGACGACAAGAGAAGGAGCCCAUCGCAACGCUUCUCCUUGAGCGUGGCGUUGACACCGAGACGAGGGCGCUAGAGGUCGGCGACGCAGUCUGGAUUGCACGCCGAAAGCAACGUACAGGUUUCGAAGCCGACGAAGUGGUGCUGGAUCACAUUGUGGAGCGAAAGAGGCUCGACGAUCUUACCAGCUCGAUCCUCGAUGGGCGAUGGAGGGAUCAAAAGUUCCGCCUAUCGUCAUCGGGUCUGUCCAAGGUGCUCUACCUCAUAGAGGACUACGAUGUAGAGAACCAGAUGCGCAAGUUUGGUCCGCAGAUCCAGACCGCGCUGAGCAGCUCACAGGUGGUGGAUGGGUUUUUUGUCGAACGCACCUCGGGACUUGGAGCGAGCAUCGACUACCUCGCCUCGAUGGACGGCAUGAUCCGCAAAAUGUACGAGCAACAGGAUCUCUCAGUGAUGCCUAGCGCCAUCAUCUCUCGCUCCAGCUUUCUAGACACACGAGAAGAACUGCAACGCAAAUCGCCCACAGCAUUGAUCCUGACGUCGUUCGAAGCGUUUCAGGCGCUCAACAGCAAGAGCGGUGGUCUCACUUCCAAGGAAAUCUUUGGCAAGAUGCUGUUGUGCAUCAAAGGAAUGAGCGCUGAAAAGGUGCGAGAGGUGCUGACCAUGUACAGCACGCUUCGCGAGCUGACGGAUGCAUACCAAGAAAUAGCGGCGGCGGAUGUGAAAGAGGCAGAAACCAUGCUUUCCACUUUUACGGAGGGCAUGGACCAGCGCAAGAAGAUCGGUCCUGCGCUCAGUCGCAAGGUGGCCGAAGUUCUGUUGACGCCUCGCUAUGCAGCAGAGUAA